GGCGCGGGUGUCGCGGUUGCGGCCGCGCUUGACGGCGGGCAGCGUCGCGAAAGCCCCGUGAAGGACGGCGGCGGGCCGGUCGGUGCGGGGCGGAGCGGAGCCGGUUUUGAGCUCAGGGCGGUGUCGCGGUAGGGUCAGCGUCGGGAGCGGGGUCAGCGUCGCGACAGCACCAUGCCGUUCUGGGACCUGCAGCGACAGCUAGGCAUCGACAUGGACCGGUGGCUGCUGCGGCAGAGCGCGACGCAGCCGUACGGGGUGGCCGGGGCGUGCCACGCCUUUGAGCGGGAGUGGGUGGAGUGCGGGCACGGCCUGGGCCAGACCCGAGCCCGCCGCGAGUGCCAGCCCGAGUACGAGGACUUCAUGGAGUGCAUGCACCGCACCAAGCUGGCUCAGCGGUUGAAAAAGAUCCUGGAGCAGAGGGACAAGAUGAUCAAGGAGGGGAAGUACACCCCGCCCGAGCACCACAAGGGUGAGAAGGACAGCCGGCCCUGAGGCACGGGGACCUGCAGGGGACCCGACAGCACUCGUCUGCAGCCAUGGAAGUGAACCAUCUGAAGGAGAGCACCGGGAACGGUGGGGUUCUGCUGCAGCCGUCCCAGUGCUGAGAGGGCCCUGCCAACAGCUCGGAGCAGAGGAGAGCGGUGCUAGUGUGGGGCAUCAUUGCUUUGGCUAGUAAAUGUCUCCUUUGGAGCAGC